AUGGGGAAGGCUAAUCUGACUCCGAAGACUGAGACCGAGACUGCAGAUCUCACAGAAUCCCAGCCCAAUCGCAAGCGCAAAAGAGGCCCUACAACGACCCCAAUUAAAAGCAUUGCUCCUCUAGUUGACUUGACUAUGGAGUCAGACGGUUCAUCUCCAACUAAGAAACGGGUUAAGUCCUCUCCAAAAAAGCGGGGCAAGGAUGAAGAAAAACGACUGAGGAUGUUUCGCUCUCGACCGCCGCACACCUACUUAGACAGGCUCAACCGCGCCCAAACGCAACGUAUGUUCGUCAUAGAUCGAUUGAGCAGUGGUACAGCCGAUGUGCCCGAGCAAACAAUUCAGGUCGCUGGCACGACCGGCAACAUUUACAGCGUACACAUCGCCCACGAACCUAGCUGUACAUGCCCGGAUCACCUCAAAGGUAAUCAAUGCAAGCACAUCGUCUACGUUCUUCAUAAUGUUCUCAAGGCGCCAGAGCACUUGCAAUACCAGCUUGCCCUCUUAAGCAGCGAGUUGCGGGAAAUAUUCUCCUCAGCCCCCGCACCCAUCUCCUUGGCAACAGCAGAUCCUCAUGGUGAUGUUGACGGGGAGACUUCAUCCAACCGCAAACCCUGUGAGGGCGAUUGUCCUAUCUGUUUUAUGCCAUUUUCACCCGACGAAGAGGAAAUUGUGUGGUGUCGAGCUGCUUGCGGGAACAAUGUCCAUGCCGACUGCUUCGAGCAAUGGGCGAAGUCACAAGCGGGAAAGGAGGUCAAAUGUGUUUAUUGCAGAACGCCUUGGAAAGGUGACGAAGAGCAGAUGAUGAGGAUAUGUCGAGAGAAGGCGAAAAGUACAGUUGACAAAAGUGGAGGCGGAUAUGUGAAUGUAGCACAAGAGUUGGGGUUGAGUGGGGCACGAGGUAACUCUUCCUGA